AUGGUUCAAGAACUUUUGGUUGAGCUUUCAAUAGGAUAUGCCCUUUUUGAAGUAAUUCAAACGGAAGUAAUAGGGAAGAAAUUGAGAGAAGUACAAGAAGCAUCACAAGAUCUUUCAAAAUUUGGAAAAUUUGUAAAAUUGAAGAGUUUUUUGCCUUAUAGAGAUGCAGACCAUGCUUUAAAGAAUGUAAAUGAUAUAUCAGAAGGUUUAAUGAAUGAUGAUCUUAAGGCGUUUCUUGAAAUGAAUUUGCCGAAUUCAGGCAAGAAAAAUAGUAUUUUGCUUGGAGUAUCAGACAAAAAUCUUGCAGGAAGUGUUCGUUCUGGACUUAAAAAUGUUGAAUGUGAUACAUCAGAAGUAACUCAAGAUUUACUUCGUGGAGUCCGUCUUCAUAUAGGAAAACUAUUAAAGCAGCUUCAGCCGGGAGAUAUUGAAAGAGCACAGUUGGGACUUGGCCAUUCUUAUUCACGUGCAAAAGUAAAAUUUAAUGUAAAUAAAGUGGACAAUCACAUUGUCAAUGCAAUUGCAUUAAUGGAUCAGCUUGAUAAAGAUAUAAAUACAUUCUCUAUGCGUGUCAGAGAAUGGUAUGGAUGGCAUAUGCCAGAGCUUAUAAAAUUCGCAAACGACAACUAUCAGUAUGCAAAAUUAGUAAUAUGUAUUGGAAAUAAAGCAACUAUUUCCCAAGAUAGUCUUGAAAAUCUUACGAUAAUUAUGAACAAUGACGCAAUAACAGCACAAAAUAUUAUUAACGCAGCUCGUAUUAGUAUGGGACAAGAUAUAUCUGCACUUGAUAUGGAAAACAUUCUAACAUUUGCACGAAAAGUAGUUGAUCUUUCAGAUUACAGAAAAAAAUUAUAUACAUAUCUUGUUAAUAAAAUGAAUACUGUGGCACCUAACCUUACAAAACUUAUAGGGGAAGUAAUUGGAGCAAGGUUAAUUUCUCAUGCAGGGAGUCUUGCAAAUUUAUCAAAAUAUCCUGCAUCAACGGUUCAAAUUCUAGGUGCAGAAAAAGCAUUAUUUCGAGCUUUGAAAACUAAAGGAAAUACUCCUAAAUAUGGUUUAAUUUACCAUUCUUCGUUUAUUGGACGUGCUGGACAGAGAAAUAAAGGACGUAUAUCACGAUUUUUAGCAAACAAAUGCUCUAUUGCUAGUAGAAUAGACAAUUUUACAGAUAUGCCUACAGCGAGAUUUGGUGAAGUUUUGAAAGAACAGGUAGAGGAACGCUUAGCUUUUUAUGAGACAGGUGCUGCUGUCACAAAAAACAGUGUAGCCAUGAGACGGGCAAUAGACUUAGUUCUUUCUGAAAAUACGACACAGUCAAAUGCUGAUCAUGUAAAUAAUAUAAAAGAAUUGAAAAGCAAUAAGGAAAACAAAAAGAAAGAAAAUAAAAAAGACAAAAAAGAAAAUAAAAAAAACGAAAAAGAAAAUGAAAAGGAAGACGAAAAGGAAGAUGAAAAGGAAAACAAGGAAAAGAAAAAGGAUGAUAAAAAAAAGAAAAAGAGAGAGGAAAAAGAAGAGAAAAAAGAAAAGAAAAAGAAAGAGGAGAAAAAGAGAAAAGAGAAGAAAGAGAAAAAAGAGGAAAAAAAGCAAAUAAAAGAAGAGAAAAAGAAAAAACGUCAAAGGGAAAAUGAACUAGAUAUGAAGUCUUCAAAAAAGAUAAAAAAAUAG